UUUGUGCGGAUAACAAUCAUGCCAUUUGGCAGAUGAUUAGAGUUGCAGGUCGCAAACUUCUACAAUAUGCUCUAUACGGCAUAACAUUGAUGCUUGUCUGUUCAUAAUCUUUUCUGUUCCUUUUACUUUAACAAGAAGUAAUAGUUGGAUGCUUUGGUUGAUUAGCUCAUCGGUUACUCGUUUGCUGAGAACCGUAUCAUACUGAAGCGCAUAUGAAAUGAAAUGGACUUGUUUAAGGUGUGUAUAUAUCUGUUCAAGUUAUAACUACUCAUCUGAAUGGGACCAAGGCCUCGUGUGGAUUAGCUUAGUGGAGUAACCACUUAGAGAUAUGGCUCCAGAGAGCUCUGACAGGAUGGAUUUGUUUUAGUGAUCUUAGGGACAUGGCCGGAAGUAGCUGCUGGUCCUGAGGUUUUGUUCAUAGUGUCGUUGAGAAAUAUGACUUGUAGGGAUCAACAUUGGUGAUUCCUCUUAUGUCCUAUGCUGUGAUUAGUUUAAUGGUUCUUUCCUUUUGAACUGUCGAAUGCAUUCAUCGUUAAUUUCCUCAACCGCUCAGCAUUUUCCAUUAGGUCUUGGCCUCGUCAUGAAUCCUCGUGGUUAUUAGCUCAAGAGAUGGACUAAUGGAAUUUGAGGCUCAAACCAUGUGUGGAAUGUUUCCAGUGGGACGUAUUCACCGGCUUUUGAAGUCGAGGGUGACAGCCAACGGACGAGUAGGUGCGACCGCCGCAGUAUAUUCUGCAGCUAUCCUCGAGUAUCUAACUGCCGAGGUUUUGGAGUUGGCCGGCAACGCAAGUAAGGAUCUGAAAGUGAAGCGCAUUACACCAAGACAUCUUCAGCUCGCAAUCCGUGGAGACGAAGAACUUGACACCCUCAUUAAGGGAACUAUAGCAGGGGGAGGUGUCAUUCCUCAUAUUCACAAGUCUCUCAUUAACAAGUCGUCCAAGGAGUGAGGUCUUCCGCGUGUUAGAAUCGACCUUGCAAAACGUGCAACUUUAUUGUAAAUUUGAGGAUAUUUUAUUUUGUGGAUAACUGAGCUUGAUACAAACUGCCUUCUGUGAUGAUUUUAGUAGUAAUCCCUAUUCGUAUAAACAGAUAUGCUUGGCUUGAUUCACUCUCCAUGUAAUUAUACGUAGUAGUAAUGGGUAAAACUGAAUGCCGGCGAUCUUUAUAUGCCGUUAAUCGUUAA